AUGACAUUCCGCGCAUUGUAUACACAACUCUUCCCCCCAGCACCGCCGCUCACCGAAGAUAAUGUCCCCUCACAACGCGGAAAAGUUUUUAUCGUGACGGGUGGAAACUCGGGAGUUGGUUUCGAGCUAUGCAAGAUCCUCUACACCACAGGGGCAACGAUCUACAUGACGUCCCGAUCAGAGGAACGCGCAAUGAAUGCUAUCAAGCAAAUUAAAAGUAGCGAACCAGCCAACCCCGGAGUGCUUAAUUUCCUUCACCUGGACCUCGACGACCUCCACUCGGUCCGGGUCUCGGCAGCCAAGUUUGCGAGCCAAGAGGCCAAGCUCGACGUCCUCUGGAACAAUGCCGGAACGGGCGGAUACCGUGUCUCGCCAGGAGCCAAGACGGCUCAAGGCCUCGAGGCCAUGGUGGGCAUGCAUUGCGUGGCCACUCUGCUCUUCACCACCCUCCUUUUACCGCAACUCCGUGCCGCCGUGUCUGCGAGGGUUGUCUGGACGUCUAGUAUUGUUGCGGAUCAAGGGUCACCGCCCAAUGGCAUCAACUUUGAUACCCUGUCAACAGGCACACCAGACCGUGUGCUCAACUACGCCGUCUCCAAGGUAGGCAGCUGGAUGCUAAGCCGUGAGCUGGCCCGUAGACACGGCAGCGAAGGCAUCAUCAGCGUCGCCCAGAACCCAGGCAACGUCAAGGGCGGUUCGUACGAGGGCACCCCAGCCGCGACCAUGUUCCUCCUCAACCGGUUCCUCCUCCACCCUUCCAAGUUCGGGGCGUACACGGAGCUCUACGCCGGACUUUCCCCCGACAUCACACCCGGCGACAACGGAGCCUACAUCAUUCCGUGGGGGCGGAUCCGGCCGGACGCCGAGUGUCCACGCAGAGACAUUGUUCACGCCAUGUUGAGGGAGGAGGACGGCGGGCUGGGAUACUGUAGCAAGUUGUGGGACUGGUGUGAGGAGCAGUGGCAGGCAUAG